AUGUCCAAACGCAUUCAGCCGAAUGAUUUUCAUGGGGCUAGUGCUCAUUAUUAUACGGAGAAAUGUGUUGAGGAUCUUAUCAAUGGUGAAAAAUUUAAGGCGUACGUGCGACAUGUCGAAUAUAACGGACGCUUGUAUGUGACUUGGUUUAUUGUCCUUUUGGGGCUCAUAUUUACAAUAUGCCACCAUCUUUACUUUUUCGGCCCCGACUACUUUCUUAAUCCACUGGAUACGGCAUCUUUGACGCAGUUGGAGAACCACGCUGUCCUUUUUCCUACCUUACAGUACGUGACUUUCUUUAUGGUCUUUUACCUGCUUCCGUGCGCGAUCAUUGCUCCCUUUGUGGGGUUUUUCGAGCUCCCGACCGCCUUCAGCAGCUUGAUGACUUACGUCAUCCUAACCCUUUUGAACUGUGUGGUGGUCCUCUUUGGCGGCCCGUGGAGCCAUCACCCACCGUUUUUGAUCUCGGAGCCGGCGCUGUCGUGGCAUCUGCCGCUCGCGCGUGAUCAGGCUUGGAUGGAGGUCCUUAAAUACAUUCUUAUCCGGGCCGCCCCACUUCAGGGAUUCCUCACCGCCGGUUAUGUCGUCGCGCAAUGGCGUCGAACGUUUUGGGUGCGCCUAUGGCAUAUCCCGUUUCCGUUGAUCCUUAUUCCUCUUUUGGUUGGUAUUUUCGGCGUGCUUCAGUGGCAAUUCACUAUGCUGCUGAAAUCCUAUCUUUUAGACUCCAAGGGUCAACCAACGCAUGUGAGCACGUACCUCUGGGGCUCCGCUAUCUCCGAUCCACAGGGGGUGAGUUCUCUUUGGGUCGAUAUGGUAAAGGAAGUGGGGCACACAAUGAUGCGGGAUAUACAAGAGCACAUACUUGCUGGUAAACUCCCAGCAUGUUUGAAUGACUCGAUCUCAUAUUUGCACCUGUACCUAGCUACCCUUUUGAUGACGCUGACGUAUUUUAUUACUAUGUUAAUAAAGCCUUUAUUGGCCCGUCUGAUCAAUGUCAUUCUAUUAUUAUUUCCCACACAUCCCACUACAUGGGGAAUUGCUUUACUUGCUUCUUUUGCAUCCCUUACGUUUCUUCUGCGUAUGGAUGAGGUUCCAAUUCUUUUCUUGGUGGGUGUUAUUCACUUUAUCGCUGGACUUUUAUAUAACGGUUUUGUAGCUUGA